AUGAAUGUGCAACAAUUAUUUGUUUUUCAACGAACACCACCAUGGAUUAUACCUCGAGUUGAUCGGCGUAUAAGUAAUUUUGAAAAACGUCUGUUAACAUGUUUUCCAAUUAUUCAAAAAUUGAUUCGAACAAGCGUUUAUUGCUCACUUGAAACUUUAGUACUAUCAUAUGGUUAUCGUUGGCCAAUUCGUUAUGUUAAUCAAGAAUUAGUUAUAAGUAAUCUUAAUAGAGAAAUAAAAGAUAUAGAAUUAAGAAAAAAAGUUACACCAACAUGGGAAUUAGGAUGUAAACGUGUUUUAAUAAGUAGUGAUUGGUAUUCAACAUUACAAAAAUCAAAUGUAAAACUUAUAACAAAUCGUAUUAAAGAAAUUAAAUCAUAUUCAAUUAUCACUCAAAAUGAAGAUGAAUAUCCAGUUGAUAUUAUUAUUUGUUCAACGGGAUUUCAAACACAAAAAUUUGCAUUACCUAUUUAUGGAAUUAAUGGUUAUUCAUUAGCUGAACAAUGGUCUGAAACUAGGCAGGUAAAUUUAUUUCAUAUAUAUAUAGUAAAACCUCUCUAAUGUGAACACCAUUGUGACUUUUCAAAAGCGUUCACUAUAGGGAGAUAUUCACUUUAGAGAGGUGACACACAUUUUGCUGCAAAAUGAAGAAAAAAAUCCAGAAUGUCUACUGCUACACUAGUCUUGAGUUAAGUAGGAGCUAUUUAUUCUCGUGCUUUUUCUUGUAAAAUUGGUCCUGAUAUUGGUAUAUUUUUUGAACGUUGUUGUACAAACCAUUCAUAUACUUCUUCAUCGAGUUUUUGUGCAUUUACAUCCAUUAAUUUUCAUUUAACAUUUUGAUUGUGAUUUGUUUCAUAAUCAUUUAAAUAUUCUGUUUUACGUUUUAAUACAUUUGAUACAGAACCAAGUGAAAUAUUAUAUUUUGCAGCUAAUUUACGUUGAGAUAAACUAUUAUCAUCCUUAAUAUCAUUAAUGAAUUCAAUUUUCUAUUGCAAAGUAAGAUCAUGUUGUGAUGGCAUUUUUUUUCAUACGCACACUACUCUAUUCUAAUACACCAAAUGUAAUUAGUUGUAGUGCAUAAGAGGCAAAUGAUCGACAGUAGGUAGAGAGAGAAAAAAAAACAUGCACAUGUGUUCACAUUACAGAGGUUAUAGUAGCUAGAGGGACUGGAAAACAAGUGUUCAUGUUUAGAAUAGAGAGAUGCAUUUCCAGCAAAAAUCGCUCCAUCGGACUUGAGAGUGUUCAGAAUAAGGAGGUGUUCACUAAUAGAGAUUUUACUAUAUAUAUAUAUAUAUGAGUAUAUUACAAUAUUUUGGUACGAUUUUCUUUCAAUUUUACUCUUUAGCUUAUAUUGUCCCUGGUUAAUGAACCGUCUACUGUGAAAAAUUUGUAGUUUAUAGAUGUAUUUAGAAAAAGAAAUUUUGUAGGAAUCAAAGACAAGAAAAAUAAAAGAUAAUGAAUAUUUCAUUUGUAGAGAUUGGAAUGUUCUGUCGAAUUAUAUAUUUUUUUGUUUUCAUGCUCAUUCAUUCGAAUUAUUGCAUGAGAGACACUUGAUCAUUUUCAUGCAGAGUGACCUUAUUUUUCAAUUUUCUUCAUUUUUCUACAAGUUGAAGGAAAGCGGAAGUAUUUUUUUUUUUGAACGAAAAAUUCUUUUUCGAAAAACAACUUUAUAAGAAAAAAAACCUUCUUGUGAACGAUUCUCCUUUUCAGUAAGGAAAGAAAAUAAUCUUUUUCUAAACAUUCGAGUUUCACUCACUUUUAUUAUGAAUAGCUUCAGCACAACUUAUCCCUUUUCGAUCGAAGUUUUACCUUAGAUCUAUUUCUUAGAGUUGUUUAUCUGUCUAUAUCUUAUCGCUCUCGAGAUAUGUGCAUUGUAUGUGAAAUGUAGACUUACCUUCUCUGUGAAAAAUGAUCUAAAAUGAGUAGAAAUAGAAAUUGGCAGCCAUUCUCCUCCUCCUCCCACAGAUCCGAAUAGAUGUUGUUGAUAUAAGAUAAAGAAAAAAAAAAUUUAAUAAUAACGUAUUUUUUUUCUAUAAUGUUAAGCAAUUAGCUCAAAUUCAGAGAAUAAUUUUAAUAGUCAAUGGAGUCUUCUAUCUAAUGCAUUUCAUAUCAAGAUUUCAUAUGAUAAGAUAUCUAAAAAUUGGGAG